AUGGAAGGACAUAGGCCGAUGAUCGGAAAUAGGGAGCCCACGGACACGAGCCCGAUGGCACACGGACACCCCAGGCCAACCACAAAGGAGGAACCCAGGACCCAGUGUCCCACCCCAGGGAAACCAGGAAACCCAGUGGAAACCCAGCAAAAACCCAGGAACCCUGUGUGGAAACCCAGGAAACCCAGGAACCCAGGAAACCCAGUGGAAACCCAGGUGGCCCCAGUGGUCCAGGAAACCAAACCAAACCAGUGUGUGUGUGGACCCAGGAACCCCAGGAACCAGGAAACCCCAGGAAACCAGGAAACCCCAGUGACCCAGGAAACCAAGAAACCAGUGACCGGGAAACCCAGAACCAGGAAACCAGGAACCCAGGUGGAAACCAGGAACCAGGUACUGUCCCAGGAACCAUGGAACCAGGAACCCAGGAACCCAGGUGCUGUCCCAGUGUGGUCCAGUGAAACCAGGGUGACCCAGCACACCAGACCAACCAACCCAGGAACCGGGACCAUACCCACCUCCAGCCUCCCCCACGGCCAGGCGGGUGCUGUUUGGGUGUGUGGUGCCCUGAUCCUGGACCUGCAGCAGCAGGAUCAAGACCUGCAGCAGCAGGUUCAGGAUCAAGACAUGCAGCAGCAGGUUCAGGAUCAGGACCUGCAGCAGCAGGUUCAGGAUCAGGACCUGCAGCAGCUGGUUCAGGAUAAGGACCUGCAGCAGCUGGUUCAGGAUCAGGACCUGCAGCAGCUGGUUCAGGAUCAGGACCCGACCGACCAUCCAGAGACUCUUCAGACCCACAAGCCCCUCCCCCUCCCCCCGCCCCCCCGCUCUCAGGAUUCUUCCUCCUCCUCCGUCCCCUCUGAUCCAGGACCAGCGGGGGGGGAGGGCGUGCUCAGGGCCAACGCUGCCCGCCACAGUAACAGCUCCUACGACGGCGGCCUGGAGCGCACCCACCUCCCGGAGGAGGACCCGCGGCAGGCGGGAUUGUGGGUAAACGGUCUGGCGGGGUCCCGAGGAACGAACGCGACGGCCGGAGCGUUCAGGAGCUCCGAAACGCUCGCCGACGGCCGGACGCGGGCGCCGGCGCGGGCGAAUAACAACGGCCGAGCGGCGGCGUACGGCGAGGUCCUGCUGGACUACGUGUGGGGCAAACAGCAGCAGCUGCAGCGACAGCAGUCCCAGCCCAACAGCAACCGGCAGCCAAUCACGUCGCAGCACCACCACCAGCAGCCAAUCACGUCGCAGCACCACCAGCAGCUGCUCUACAACGGCUGCUCGUCCAAGGGGCCUCAGGGAGCGCCACCAACCUACCGCGACCAGCGCCGAGUCAAAGUGACCCGCACCAAAUCCUGCGGGCCCUUCCUCCCGGUGCAGCAGAGCCAGACCGAUACCCAUAAUCCUCCUCUGUCCGCCGCCAUCCAGCCGGACCCCCACCCCCACCUGCUGCCCCCCCGACCGCCACAGCCGCCGGCGCCCGCCCAGGACGCUCAGCUGGAGGACGCCACCAGGAGCCUCCACAAGGCCCUCGCCCUGGAAGGUCUGAGGGACUGGUACCUGAGGAACACGAUAGGCUCCACCCACCAAAACCAGGCCAACGGAAAGGUCAACACUAAGGCCAACGGGGGGGUCAAAGGUCAGGCCGGAGGGGGAGGAGCUCUGCACGGCAGACGGAGGACUCAUGGCGGCAUCCAGCAGGCGACCUAUCAGACGGAGACUAGUCAUCUCAAAAAGACGCUGCCGCAUUCGGCCACGUUCCACGGACACCCGCUGCACGGCAGGUCUGUGGAAAGCUCUCUCUACCAAGACUCAUUCCCUCCUCAGAAACAGGAAGACCAGCUAUCUCCUGGAACUCUGGUCUGACUCACCGACCAAUCAGGAAGCUGGAACUCUGGUCUGACUCACCGACCAAUCAGGAGGCUGACGUACAGUGACACAGAACCUAUCCCGGGCUGGCUUCCUGGGAUCAACGCCUCUCUGGACUGCUGUGUGUCCUGCGGGUUCUUCAGGAGAACCAGGGGUUACGUCCCAGGCCGUUAAAUUGCAUCCACGUUUCCUUUCCUCAUGUCUCGGUCCGUCCUACCAAGAAAGCAGGAAGGAGAGAGGAAACGAGGGAAUGUGUUUUUAAAGGGAUGAGACUUCUUUUCCUCUGAAGCGUCA